UUCUUUUAUAAUGGGACUUUUGAAAAUAAUCAAAAAAACAAAGGAGAGAGAGAAAGAGAUGAGAUUGUUAAUUUUGGGAUUAGAUAAUGCUGGAAAGACCACAAUCCUGAAAAAAUUUAAUGGUGAAGACAUAUCCCAGAUAUCUCCUACAUUGGGUUUCAAUAUUAAAACUCUUAGUUAUAAUGGGUACAAAUUAAAUUGUUGGGGUAAGGAAUUAAGAUGAAAAUAAUCUUUAGAUGUUGGUGGUUAAUAGACAAUAAGAUCAUAUUGGAAGAAUUAUUUUGAAUAAACAGAUGGGUUGAUAUGGGUAGUAGAUUCUACUGAUAAAGC